AUGGAAGUGAAGGAUCUGCGAAAGCGGUUCGUUAACCGCAGUAUGGGUAAUAUUGCCGAGGAUUAUUUGAGGGUGGGCAAUAUUCUCGUGGCGUAUGAUCUCGUCUUCUGUCGGGAUUAUAAACACGUGCACGAUUGGGUGUGGGCACUGGUAGAGGAAGAUCAGAAAUGGUCGGACUUCCCGUGGGGCUCUUACUCAUUCCAGAUUUUGUGUCACGGGAUGAGUGUGUUGAAGAAGCAUCCCAACGAGAUUACCGGUAAUAGGAAGACGUACCACUUCUAUGGGCCCAUAUGGGCAUUACAGAUUUGGUCGUACGAGGCCAUUCCGAGGUUGGGCCGCGCGUGUGGGAUGUGUGACACGAGGUUGCAGAUGCCACGAUUGGUGAACUGGACGACUUGGAAGUCGGCUUCUGACUUCACCCACUUUUUUGAUGCUCAUGAGGCCGAGUGUCUCCGGACACUCGAAUCGGUCGAGGAGGAGAAUGAUUCAUGGUAUUUGCAGACCCUGAGGCAUCCAGAGCCUUUUUCUGUACGAUACCAUCCUGGAGGGAAAUAUGCCGGCUUGACAGAGCCAGUUGUACCGGAGCCGCCUCCUCCUGUUAGGCCUCCCCCUGUGCAGAGGAGUAUCUCACGAGCAGAGAGGACUCGUGAGAAGCAGCCUAUCCCUGUCCCGAGGAGUAGCUCACGAGCAGAGAGGGCUCGUGAGAAGCAGCCUGUCCCUGUCCAUGUCGAGCGACAUAGGCAGACGUAUGAGGAGCCGGCUGGCAGCCCGUCGAAGCGGCGCAGGUCAGAGGAGUUUGAUGAUCGCGAGCCUCAGGCAGACCGAGAUGAGGAUUAUUGGAGGCGACGCGAUGAUGACCUGAUUGCCCGUAUCACACAGGAGCAGAUCCGGACUGUGGUCCCAGAGAUGCGGCGCGAGAUACGGCGCGAGCUUGUAGACGACGACUCUGAGCAUGGACUGGUCGCCAAAAUUACGAAGAAGGUCAUAGCCGCUGUGAAGGACAUCUUUGGGAGACGUUCUUCUUCGAGGAGGCAUAGAUCAUCAUCCAGCCAUGCCAGUCGUCAUAGACAUGGGAGUGAGGAGUACAACCAGCCGAUACCCAGUCGCAGACGGUCUACAUCUCACAUUCCUAGUCCUAGGCGAUCAGAGCGUGAGGAUCCGCAUCAUGUUAGCCAUAGGCACUCAGUUGGAGACAUGGAUCCGCCUCGUGGCAGUCAGAGACGCUCAGAGCGUGGAGAGGAUCCACCCCCUGCGAGUCAGCGGCGAUCUGCCUCACGUCACAGUGAGAGGGAGGCAUCUAUGAGGCGAUCAGCCUCACAUCAUGGUGAGAGGCAGACAUCUUUGAGGCGAUCCGCCUCACGUCACAGUGAUCGCCCAGGGCCAUCGGCUGGGUACCAUAGUCCAGAGACCCCUGCGCCUAAGGCGGGGGAUGUAAGUGAUGAUCUGAAUUUUUCCUGGACGUCGUCAGAGGAGGAGGCGGGUGCUAGAGAGAGGCCUCAAUUGGUUAUUGACCCGGCCUUGCCGUAUGGUAAGGCCCUGGUGAAGGCGAAGAAGCGGGGCUUCAAGGCGUUUAUGAGAUCGCCGCCGGGUACUUAUGUGCAAGUGAUCGAGACGGGUUGGGUGAUGUCCCAGGAUCUAUUCCACAAGAUUCUGAAUCCUCGCGAGGAGUUGGACGGGGAGAUAUUAGACCUUUGGAAUCUGAAGGCUCUCCGACGGCUCCGUCAAAAUCAGCAGUGGAUAGCUCGGGGAGAGACGAGGCUCGUUGCAGGCGUGACACGGGAGAGAACGCCGAUAGCUUUUCUGGAUUUUUAUGAGACCCUUUCCAGAGAGUUCAGGUCGUUGCAUCCGGAUGAGCCAGAUUGGGACAACAUUCAGGAUCGACACGGAUACGAGGAGUGGGUGGUGCCCGAAAAGCUGAUCGCCAUGUUUCAUGGAACUGAUUCAGGCCAUACAUGGCCUUGGAGAGUGUAUGACUCACUGGUACAUGUGGAAGGUACACGAAAGCGUCGACAAAAUGCAAUGAAGCCAAUCACUCGCCUGAUGUCUAAAUUGCUGCACACUGUGGGUUAUUAUGCACACAAUCCCGUGAGGUAUGUUGCCGCUCCAGAUAUGCCUAUGAAUGUCGUCAUUAUGCCAACCAGAGAGCAAUUCAUCCAAGAAGAUAGUCACACGGCUGCACGGCUGCGUGUUCAUCGCUACACGGUUGCGUACACGGUUGGUCCCAAGGUGUACACGGUUAGGGUCUAA